CCUAAUUAAACAUAUCAAACCCACCCACCCACUCACUCACUCCCUCACCCACCACCUACUGCCAUCAACAAAUCCAAGAGCAAAAGUUGAGCUAACCAACCACUAAGAUCAGCAGCAAUGGAAGCUCUCAUGGAUCAAUUUUCCUUCCUAUCAGACCAAGCAUUGCAGGACAAGAAUUUUGAUCCUUCAACAAUAGAGGAUCUGUUGAAACUCUAUGAAUUAGAAGCUUACAAGGCAUGGGCUGCAGUGGAAGCUGAACAGGAGAGUGAUGUCCAAGAAGCAGAGAUCUUCAUGAAAGAUGCAGAGGACUACCUCAACUCCGCCAUGGAAAGCGCCAUGGAUGAAUUCCGGCGAUUCGAAGCAGAACUAGACUCUGUGUGUAAGGUUGAACUAGAUAGCCUACUUCGAGUGGCGAAUCAUACGAAGAAGAUUGGGAAAUCGAUGGAGAAGGCGGCGACGAUUGCUUCGAAGAAGUAUAUGGAAGCUGCAAUUCUUUCGGCAACGGCAUCAAUGAAAUCUGCUUGGAAGGGAAUAUCCUUUAACCCUAGCAAGGUUCAUCCUUCUUAAGAUCCCCUUCUUCCUCACAUGAAACAGUGGCUUUUAAUAACUUUUUGUUGCAAUAAGAAGGGGUUUUUAGGGUUGAAUGUAAUGUGAUGCUCUGUUAAUGUUUAUCGAUUAAGCAAAAAUCUUGAUCAGAAAUUUAUCCAAUUUCUUUCUUUUUGUUAUC